AAUCAGCGGAAGACGCCCCCCCUCAGGACCACCAUCUGCGUUCCAGCAACAAGUUUUCCCAGGUGUCUGCUGGGUGGGAGUUUACCGUAGUUUGUGGGGGAAGUGAUAGUUGCCUGUUGUUCUGCUGGGCUCCUCCUAAGUGCCGACUCUUCUUGUACCCCCACCAAACAUUUGUAUAUUGUCCCGGGUGACUUUUACUUUCAAGGGGUAUGGAGGAGCUGCGGCCUAGCGGUGCCCCCGUGCCCCAGGCUUUCCCGUCCCUGUUUCCUCCCGGUCUACACACUAUAUACAAUGAGUGCCGAAGGCUUUAUCCGGAGCAGGCGAACCCUCUCCAGGUCACGGCCAUAGUGAAAUACUGGCUGGGUGGACCAGACCCACUAGAUUAUGUGAGCAUGUACAGGAGUCUUGGCAAUCCAGCACUCGAUGUCCCUGAACAUUGGCACUAUGUCAGCUUUGGCCUGAGUGAUUUGUAUGGUGACAACAGAGUCCAUGAAUACACAGGGAUUGAUGGCCCAAGUGGUUUUGGCUUUGAGCUUACCUUUAGAUUGAAAAGAGAGGCAGGCGAAUCUGCACCUCCGACAUGGCCAGCCGAAUUGAUGCAGGGUCUUGCAAGAUAUGUCUUCCAAUCUGAAAACACAUUUUGCAGUGGUGACCAUGUGUCUUGGCACAGUCCUCUAGACAACAGUGAGUCUCGAAUUCAGCAUAUGCUCCUGACCGAAGAUCCUCAGUUACAGCCUGUGAAGACGCCUUUCGGAAUGGUUUCAUUUUUACAGAUAGUCGGCAUUUGCACCGAAGAGUUGCAUGCAGCACAGCAAUGGAAUGGGCAAGGAAUUCUAGAAAUUCUGCGAACCGUGCCAGUUGCUGGUGGUCCCUGGUUAAUAACAGAUAUGCGAAGAGGAGAGACAAUAUUUGAAAUUGACCCACACUUGCAACAGGAGAGAGUUGAUAAAGGCAUUGAGGUGGAAGGAUCUAAUCUUAGUGGUGUAAGUGCAAAAUGCGCAUGGGAUGACUUGAGUCGCCCGCCAGAGGAUGAAGAUGACAGUAGAAGUAUAUGCAUUGGUACACAGCCCAGGCGAUUAUCUGGUAAAGAUACAGAGCAAAUCAGAGAGGCUUUGCGAAGAGGUCUUGAAAUCAACAGUAAGCCUAUACUACCUCCAAUAAGUUCCCAGAGGCAAAAUGGAAUGAAUCAUGACCGGGUCCCGAGCCGUAAAGAUAGCUUGGAAAGUGAGAGUUCUGCAGCCAUUAUUCCUCAUGAAUUGGUACGCACGCGACAGCUUGAGAGUGUGCACCUCAAGUUCAACCAGGAAUCUGGAGCACUUAUUCCACUUUGUUUGAAAGGCAGGCUCUUGCAUGGAAGGCACUUUACAUUUAAAAGCAUUACUGGAGAUACAGCAAUCACAUUUGUGUCUACUGGAGUGGAAGGAGCAUUUGCUUCAGAGGAGCACCCAUAUGCAGCACAUGGACCCUGGCUACAGAUUCUGUUGACAGAGGAGUUAGUUGAAAAAAUGCUGGAAGACUUAGAAGAUUUAAACUCUCUAGAGGAAAUGAAACUACCGAAGGAAUACAGCUGGCCAGAAAAAAAGCUGAAAAUCUCCAUUGUCCCCAACACAGAAUUUGAUAGCCCACUCAAUUAAAGGUGGAGUAAUGUCGACAUUUCUGUUUGAUACAGGGAUGUCACAAUGGACUUUCCCAAGUUCAGCUCCAUCACUGCUGUACACAAAGCCAAAGGAAAGCAAAUACUGCACAAUCUCGGUAUCCAGAGACGGCUGGAAUGUACGUGACAUUUCAUUCCCAUUUUAUAUUGUUAGCAGGUAGUGUCAAGUGUUUGGCUUCCGGUUACUACUGUGUUAGUGUUUUUAUUCAGACUUUAGUUAGAAAGCCCUGAUUUAGAUGAGGUGCUAUUGUUUGGCAUCAUCAUGAAUAUUUCAAAUAUUCGUGUGGGGGUGAGUCUUGCUAAUCUGCUUGCAAAACAUAUUCGUAUGUUUCUAAUCUGCCUCCAAACCACAGUCAUUUUUUACACCUCGUGAAUCCAGUGGGACAAAUUGCAGAGUGACAAUUUUUGUUAUUGAAUCAAAUGUAUUGGGGAAAUUUAUUCGGUGUAUGAGAGAAAAAAAUGUUGCAGUUGUUUUACAGUUUUCUGCAAUUUUCUGAAUAUGAAUAGUUGUGCUG